AUUCUCUUUAGCCCUGAUGUCUACGUGUGUUUUGGCUUUUUUCCAAUGAAAAAAGUAGCCUUGACAACAACCUUAAUACGAAAUCUCAAAGAGAGGCACGCUUUUAUACCAGUUACAUUAUCGAGCGAAAGCAUGGAAAUCCGGUUUGAUGGUAAAGUUGCUAUAGUAACAGGUGCUGGAAAAGGAAUCGGGAGAGAUAUAACAAUUAAAUUAGCGGAAUGUGGUGCUGAAGUGAUAGCUGUAAGUAGAACGCAAUCAGAUUUGGAUGAACUAGCAGAAAUUUGUCCCAAUAUUCGACCAGUAUGUCUCGAUGUUGGUGAUUGGGAACAAACCAAAGGAGUGAUAAGCGAACUAGGACCUGUUGACUUGCUGGUAAACAAUGCCGCUGUCGGUAAAGGUCAACCUCUUGGAGACGUUGAUGAAGAGUUUAUCAACAGGUUUAAAAAUUUCAAAUUUAUAUUCUAUUUUUAUUAAUAAUGAAGGUGUAAUGUUCCUAAUAUGAAGUUCU